CUUUCUCUUUGUGGGGCAAUAUGCUUUUCAAUCCAAAAAGCAAAUUAUUAAUCAACCACAUCUUUUCAAUUUUAAUCCUCCAAAAUUCAUUUUCAAUCUUUCAAUUAUUCGAAAUGGAAUCGAUUCAAGAUAUCGAGACGAUCAAUCAAGCAAUCCAUAAACUCAUUGAAGAAAAAAGAAUCAAGAGUACAUCAUCUGAUGUUAAGCUCUCUCAAGAUGUUGAUGAUGAUGAACAAGUCCUCUCCAGAUUACUUUCUCAGUUAGAAUCAUUAAAAGGAGUUGAAAGAUCAACUCUACCAAAAGAGGAAACAGCCCCAAGCAUUGACGAAUCAGAGCCAAAGGUCAAAAACGGCAACGAAGAAAGAGGUGGUGGAAAUGGAGGAGUAGAGGGGGAGAUAGUGAAAGAGCUCAAAGCGGUGAAGAGACAGAACACAAUAACUCAUUGUCUGCUUUCGGCCCUCAUCGUCGUCACCCUAAUUUGGGAACUCUCCGAGGUUUCCUUGGUUCUCAAACUCCGAGACGGUAUGAGUCACCCUUUUCGAUCGUUCGGAAGUUUGCUUGCCGGAAUGCUGCCAAGCCCUGGCAAGAUUAAUGUUGUUGGCAACGGGGACGACAAAGAUGGCAACGAUCAUAACAUUGUCGACCCUUUGCUUCCUUCCGUUAGAAUGCCUGAGCUUCCCCAUGUUGAGUUUCCGCAUAUGGGAUCAAACGAUGAAGAAUAGUGAAAAAUGUGAACUUAUUAUUGUUGGAUUUUGCAUUGUAAUGAUUAUUUUUAGUUAUAUUUAUACGAAUAUAUUAAUUGUAAUUGUAAUUUAAAUAAAAAUAAUUUAUCCUUAAAUAUCAA